AUGUAUAGAAACUAUACGAAACCCUUGACCGAGCUCAAGACUGAGUUCGUCCUACACAAUUUCACUCAAAUCCUCAUCAACAUCCAAAGAGAAUUGGAUAAACCACUUCUUGAGAUCAAUUUCAACAAUUUUUACAAAGAUCUUGAUGAAGUGGAUCACUAUGAAGAUUACAUUACUGAAGUUGAUACUCUUUUGUUAAGAUGUACAAUCAAGCAUCUAAUCAAUCAACUUCCAGAAUCUGCCCCAGAUCAUCCAGUUUGUGAACUACUCGAUGGCGAUUUUUUUUACAACAUUUACAAGAUUGCAUUUAUAGUUCCAAUGUUGAACUUUGAGGAUCAAAUCAGAGUUCCUAGAGGUUUCCAUAGCUAUGAUUCAACUAAUUGGUUAAGUCGAAACUUGGUUGAUGUUCAAGCAUGUUUAGAUUUCACUCCAGAUUUGGAUGUUAGAUUGCGAGGUUUAAUUUCAAAAUUUGAAUCCAAGAUUGAUCAUGUUGUAUCUCAAAGAAGAUGUGAAUCAACUUUCAAGACAUAUUUCUGGGGGUUAACAAGAGGUAUGUUAGCCCAGAUAGUUUCUGACCAUACUUUGUCAAGAUCUGAAAUUGAUAUGAGGCUUGUUUUACAUGCCUCCUUAUUAUCACCUAUCAAGAUGUUUUUCAAUGGAUUGUUUCACACUAACCUUGAAGUUUAUGAUGAUACCUUUGGUGCUGAAAUGUAUGGAAUUGAGCAAUUGCUUCCGGAAGAUUCACCAGCUCGUCGUUUAUCUAAAAUUAUCAUCAAACCUGAUUUAUAUAUUGUUGAUCAAACAAGUGGUGAGGUGAAAACUAUCUUGAACCUCAAGAAACCAUCUAUAGAUUUUAGUGAAGAUUAUCAACUACAAGAUAGAUGGGACAAUAUUGACCAAGAUAUUAAUAAGUUGUUGGUCAAUUUGAUACUUGAAAAAUCAAGAAUAGGAUUUAUCACAGAUGGUUACUCGACAAUGUUUGCUCGAUUCCCCAAAAAUCCAAAAGUGCUUCGAAGCAAUUGUCAUGAUACUUUACAGUGUAUCAUAGAUUCAAAACACUUGAAUAAUAGGUUUAUUGAUGCAUCAAGUUCAGAGCUCAAUAUUUCCACAAGAUUAUUACUUGCAGUGGAACUUUUAGAAUCACUUUCAUUGGAAAAUGACAAUAGUGAUUUCUUAAAUGAAAAACAAUUGACAAAAUUAGAUGAUAUUUGGAGAGUUGAAAUAUCAAAUAUUGUGGAUAAUCUUGAUAUAGGUGAACUUACCACUACAAAACAUAAGGGAUUUGCUGAUUAUUUUACCAAAUUUCUUCCUUGGGUAUCUCAAGAGAUUGGCCCCAUUGAUGUUUUUAUCAAAAGUGUCCCAGAUCAUGAAGUUAUCAAAUCCGCUGGUGGAAAUAGUCCUAUAGAGAUUUUAUGCCUGAAUUCUAUUGCCUUCACUCAAUGUUUUGCUCCCCUUGUCGUGCCAUCAUCUGAUAGAGUGAUACUGAAGAUAUUUGAUCUUCGAAGAAUGAUUUCAUUUUAUGAAUAUCAUAAAAAGAAAGAUGAAAUUUUCAUGAUGGAGCAUAAUGUUUUCAUACCUUUUCAAUUUUGUCAAUCCAUAAUAAGAAACUAUUAUUAUAACGAGCUAGAUUGUUAUCAGAAGAUAACUAGUUAUAACAAACGUGAAAUUACUGAGGAAACAUCUCAACCUGGACAUGAGAUUAUUAAAAUACCUGAACUUGUUGGGUAUGGGAAAUUACAUACAAGAGAAUAUAAUGGGUUUUAUAUAGCAAUUAGUGAUCAUAGUCAGAGAUCACCAGUUGUUAAACGUCCAAGAUCAGCUUCUGAACAAGCAAGAUAUGAAUGUGGAUUAGUUGAUGGUUCAAAAUCAAAUGGACUUGUCUGCCAUAAUGAUCUAGUCAAUAGUGAUUGUUGGAUCAAUGAUGGAAUAUACUCUUUUGCGACAAUUUUCAAAAAGCAUGAAGACCAUUUGGAAGCACCAGAUGAUAGUGAUGAUACUCUAGUACCUACAGAAUAG